AUGGUUGCGCAAUCGCUGGCUUCGCUGCUGCAGCGAGCAUCGAUUGACGACCACGAAGAAGUCCUUCAGUCGUGCAAUGCAGUCCUUGCCAAGUCCAAGUCAGACUUGCAAGCGCAACACAUGAAGAUUGUUGCUCUAUUAAAACUCGACCGCUACGAUGAGGCUCUCCGCACAUUCGAGGCCGGAGGUGAUGCGCUGAAGAAGAGCGCUGGGUUGGAGUAUGCUUAUGCAUCAUACAAAUGUGGAAAGCUUGAGCAAGCCACGGAGGCUGUCACUCGCACCGCUUCUGGCCGCGGUGCUGAUCAUUUGGAGGCACAAGUGCGCUACCGUGCUGAAGAGUUCCGACGUGCCGCUGAGCUUUACGAAAAACUCUCGCAAAAUACGGCAUCUCACAGCCAUGAGAUCAACGACCUGAACAUUAAUUCCUGGGCCACCGAUGCGCAACUACAGUGGAAGGGAGAGCCGGAGUUCGUGCGCCAUGAUCGUCUGUCGAGGGAGGACUUGGAAUCUUUCGAAAUAACCUACAAUGCAGCUUGCUUAAACAUUGCGAAGGGAGCAUACAAGCAAGGCGAAGUCUUGCUCAACCGCGCCCAAAACAUCUGCCGAACAUCGGAGGACCUUUCUCCCGAAGAUAAGGCUGCGGAGCUGUUGCCAAUUGCUGUGCAGUACCUGUAUGUCUUGAUCCGACUUGGUAAGCUGGCAGAGGCCGAGGCAGUUCUCAAAGAUAUCUCCGUGGACGACAUCCCCGAAUUAUCGACCAAGAAGAUCGCCCGGAACAACAUUGUCCUCGCCCGCCAGACUGUCGCAAACCCCUUCUUCCUCUUCAAGGCCCUCCACGAGACCCCAGAUGCUAUCGACAAUGACCGGUUAUUUGAAUUCCAGGACCGCGACCUAGUCGGCAAUGCUCAUGCCACUGAUCUCCUUGUCCAGAAAUACGAUGGUAUCAUUCGGUCCACAUCGAAGGCCCUCUCCCAGCGCCCAUCGCCCUCAACCGAUGCCGACACCAACCUUCUUUCUGUCUACAAUGCCGCAGCCCAAGCGCAAGGCCAAACCGGAUCCAAGGCCCUGAACCAGAUCCUUCCUAUGCUUGAGAGACGUCCCACAGACCUCGGCCUCCUCCUGACGGUAGUCCAACUGUACGUCAACGACGGCAACACCACCUCCGCUAUUCAAGCAAUGGAGCGCACCCUCCGCAGCCUAGAGGGAUCGAUCUCCGAAGCCGAUCAAAACGCCCGCUUCAACCCAGGCUUCCUCAGUGUCCUGGUCUCCCUAUAUCAGCUCGAAGGCCGCAAGGUCCAAAUCCGCACAGUCCUAGCCCAAGCCGCCACCUACUGGCGCAGCAAGCCCGAGUCCCCAUCAUCCCUCCUCCGCGCCGCAGCCGCCUCCCUCCUCCACUCGGAAGACCGCGCCGACCUCUCCACAGCCGGCGACCUCUUCCAAGAUCUUGCCAAGAAAAAUCCGAACGACCGUCUCGCAAUUGCUGGCUACGUCGCCUCCCAAGCAACCCUGGACUACUCGCAAAUUGAAUCCCAACUCAACUCCCUGCCUCAAGUCUCCGACCUAAUCGCCGACAUCGACAUCUCCGCCCUGGAGUCUGCCGGCGUUCCCCCUCCGCCUCAUCAGCGGCAGCAGCUGCCGCCGCCAUCGCAGCGUGUCCGCAAGUCCCGUCUUCCCAAAGACUUCGAUCCUGCUAAGAAGGCUGAUCCUGAGCGCUGGCUGCCUGUGCGUGACCGCUCCUCUUACAGACCUAAGGGCAAGAAGGGUAAGCAGCGUGCUGCGGCUUUGACGCAGGGUGGUGUUGUUGAUGAAAAAGCCAACGAGGCUGCUAGUCAGCAACAGAAGGCCGGCGGCGGCGGCGGUGGCGGUUCUAAUGUGAAGAAGAAUAAGAAGAAGGGGAAGCGGUGA